AUGGCUCCCACACAAAAGAGAGCGCCCUCAAAACGCUCUCGCGCCGCCCGCCGCGCAACAUCCCCCUCCAUCAACACAGACAAGUCCCUCAAAGACGUCUCCCUCCCAUCCACAAAAUCCUCCUCCGAUUCCGCCCGCCCUUCCGUCCUCGCCGCCCGCCACUCCGCCGGCGUCACAAAAAAAUCCCGGCGCGGCCGCCAGCUCUCCGCAAAGGGCCGCCGGCGCCAGGAAAAGGGCCUCGAGAUGGCCGAGGCUUUCGUCGAGCGCACGAGCAAGAAGCUUGAGAAGAGCCUCGGAAAGGCGAAAGUCGUGCAGGCUAGGAGCAAGAAGUGGGACGACAUCAACAAGGACGUGCAGGAGACAAAGGCCAAUGCGUUUGCGGUGCUGGGUCAGGACGACGAGGCUAACGGUGGUGAAUGGGAGACGGACGACGACAUGGACGGUGACGACGGCGCAAAGGGCAAGACUGCUUCUGUGGCUGCGGCUCCUGCGCCAGCACCAGUGCUGGAUGAUGACGAUGACGAGAUUAUGUAA